CGGGGAGCCGGGGUGGUGCAGGGGAAACUGCGCGGAACCGGAGGCCAGAGGCCGGAGCCUCCUGAGGCAGGGGGAGCGCCCGGGGCCAGGCCUGGGGGCCCAGAUUAAACAUGGCGGGGCGACCUAUCCACAUAGGGGACCAGCUGGUACUGGAGGAAGACUAUGAUGAAACCUACAUCCCCAGUGAACAAGAAAUUUUUGAAUUUGCCAGGGAAAUUGGAAUUGAUCCCAACAGCGAACCAGAAUUAAUGUGGCUGGCCCGAGAAGGCAUUGUGGCUCCACUCCCCAUGGAGUGGAAACCAUGCCAGGACAUCACAGGUGAUAUUUACUAUUUCAACUUCGCCAAUGGACAGUCCAUGUGGGAUCACCCGUGCGAUGAGCAUUAUCGGAACCUGGUGAUCCAGGAACGGGGAAAGCUUUCAACUCCUGGCUCCAUCAAAAAGAAAGAUAAGAGAAAGAAGAAGGACAAGAAAGACAAGAAGGACAAGGAACCUCCCAAAACUCCCAUGGCCCUGGGUCCUUCCUUAGCUCCUGUUCAUGUACCCCUGGGAGGCCUCGCUCCAUUGCGCAGUCUCAUGGAUACCUCAGCCCCAACCUUCCGUUCAUCCCCGAGUGUCAACAUGGGAAGCUCAGUGGAAUCUUCUCAGCCUUUGGAAACUACCCUGCUUCCACAAGGCCCCAAGACUUCUACCUACACCAAGAAUCUUCUGGGCUCCAUUCAUGAGGAGAAGAACCCUCUCAACCUGCUGGCUCUUGGGGAGGAGACCAAUGAGGAAGAGGAGAGUGAUAAUCAGAGCCUCCAAAGCACAGCUGGACUCCUCAAGAAUCUGCACCUGGAUAUUGGGGUCCUGGGGGACAAUUUUGAUUAUGAGGAGUCUCCAAGAAGCCAACUAGAGGAUAAAAAGGAAACAUCUCUGGGUUCAGAUAUCCCCUGCCCGCGGACUUCCGAUAAGCUCUUCAACCGAGGUGUAGGUAGCAACCUGGGCAGUGCAGAUGGUGAAGGCCGACGAGGGAAGCUGGCAAGUGCUUGGCUCCCAGAUAAGGAAGACAGUGAGAAGGGUGACCCUGGGGCCUCCCGGCCACAUAUGACUCAAGUGGUAAACCCGGGGACUGUUGAAAGUACUGGAGCAGCCACCAAGCAGUCGUUGGAAAACCCGGUGGUGGCUGGAGAGGUGGGCUGUGAGAAAGAGGAGGCAGUGAAUGAAAUAGAGAAGGAACUGACAGAGCCGAAAACAGAGAGCAGAUUGGAUGUCAAUGAAGAGUCAGAGAUCAGUGACCACGUGAAAGAGUUGCAGUUCUCAGACCAUUCUGAUCCCAAGUCAUUUCUUGGCCUGGACUUUGGUUUUCGAAGUCGGAUCUCUGAACAACUGCUGGAUGUAGAUGGAUUGUCCCCGGUCCUCGAUGGACCCAUCUGGGAGACCAAGGGCCCAGCAGAGGAGGAAAAAGACCAAAUUCAGUCCAACCUGGAAGAACCAGAGAGUGAACAAUCCAGUGAUGAAGAGAGAAUACUGGGUACACACCCAUCUGCCAGUAUCUCCAGUCAUCAUUCACAUGAAGAGGAGAAAAUCCAGAGCGUUUUUCAUGUCCAAGGGGUAGGAGAAGGGCAGCAUUCUCUGGAGGGGGAGCCUGGGGGGACAGUGGAACCUGAACAGAAUGUGACAGCCAGCCCAACUUCACAGGCCUCCUCCCCAAAGAGUGAACAGAUCGUCAACCCCGCUCAUGACUGCAAGACGGAAGAAGAGCCGUGUGCCACAAAGGCUGAACACGAGCAGAAGAAGGCAGAAGAACUCGAGGAGAUGAUGACCAGCCCAACCUUGCCAGGCUUCCGAGAAGAACUUGUCCUAGAAUCCUUAACCCCUCAGAGGCAGCCCUUAGGGGAUUCCCUAAACGUCAUAGAAGAGAAGACAGUCCAGGAUCUGGAGCAGGAGCGAGCAAGACUGUUAGAGAAUCGGAGACAGAAGAUGGAGCAGCUGCGGGAGGAGCUGUGUCGAGAGGAAGAAGAGGAGAUGCUGAAACUUGAGGAGCAGAAGGACAAGUCCCUCAGGUGUCUGAGAGAGCAGCUCAAGAAAACAGCUGAGGAGGAAGAGGCUCGAGUGAGGGAAGAAGAGGGUCAGAAACUUUCCAAGCUCCGAGCUCAGAUCCGAGCCAGUACAGAAACACAGGAGAAUCAAAUUAGGGCAGAGCAAGAAGCUUCACUGAAGAAAAUAAAAGAAGACUGGGAGUCAUUGCAGAGGGCUGAGAGGUCUAGCCUGGAGCAGAAAAAGAAGCAGGUGCUGGAGAAAUUUAAGGAGGAAAUGGAGGGUAAUGAAAAGAAAGAGAGGGCCCUCUUGGAAGAGGAGAAUGAAAAAGCAAUGAGUCAGCUGAAGGAACGACUGGGAGAUGAAAGGAAGGAGGCCAUGGCAGCUCUGGAGAAGGAGCAUGCAGGUAACCUGGAGAGGCUUCGAGCCUCAGCUGAGGAGAAACACCGUGAGGUCAUUGCUGGCCUGAAAAAGCAGCUUGAGGAGGCCCAUGGGAAGGAGGAGGCCCGGCUGCAGCAAGAGCUGGCUCAAGCAGAGCAGAGAAUCCAGCAGAAAGCUUGCCGAGUGACGGAGUACGAAAGAGAGCUCAGCGACCUCCUGAGAGAGAAGAGGGAGGACGUGGAGAAGGACCACGAGCGGAGGAUGGACAGAAUGAAGGAGGAACACCAGCAGGUGCUGGCAGAGACCAGGGGGCAGUAUGACGAGGAGGAGAGGAAGCAGCGAACAGAUCUUCGGACAAACUUGGCAAAUGAGAUGGAGCGUGUGAGGAGGGCCCAUGAUCGGGAGCUGGAAACCAUGCGGCGGGACCUGGAAAGGCAGCUCAGUGAAAUCCAGCUCAAGCACCGAGAGCAGGAAAGGAAAUUCCAAGAUCUAGAAUCAGAACUGGAAAGCAGAACUAAAGAGAUUAAGGCCAGACUGAUCCAGCUGGAUCUGCAGGAGGACACCAUCAGAAAGAAGAAGCAGCAGCUUCUAGAUGUGGAGAAACAGAUUGCCCUGGAGAGAGAGGAAGCCAUGUCCACCCACCAGCAGCUAGAGGAAGCGAGGAAGGAGCAAGCCCACCUGGUGGAGUCCACGCGGCAGCUGCGCCGGACCCUUGAGGAGCUGCGGUCUCGGAAGGCUGAGCUGGAGUCCCAGGUGGAGGUGCUUCAGGCCCGCAGUCAGAGGCUGCAGAGACGGAUCAGUGACUUGGAGGCUGAGGCCCAGAGGAAGCAGGAUGCUUCGAAUGAGCUGGCUGUGGAGCAGACCGCUGCUGCUUCUCCCCAUAGGGAAGGGGAGCUCCACCUGGAAGAUCUAAGGAAGUCUGUUGGGACGACCCUGGAUAAGGAGCUCCCUGCCACCAGCUCCCAGAACAAUGAGGAAAGCACUCCCCGGUUGGAUAAUGUCCGCCAUUAUCUCUCCUCUGAGGGCAUGUCCCUUCGAAGUGCCAAGGAAUUCCUGGUCCGGCAGACACGCUCUAUGAGGAAGCGCCAGACGGCUCUAAAAGCUGCCCAGCAGCAGUGGCGCCACGAUGUAGCCACUGCCCAGGUGACCUCUGAAGACUUGUCUAAUUCCCAUAACCUGGAAGAUAUCCGAAAGAACAUAGAAGAGGAGACAAAGAACCUGGAUGAGAUGAAGUCAGCCAUGCGCAAGGGCCAAGUUCUACUGAAGAAGAAAGAGGAGAAGCUGAGUCAGCUGGAGAAUUCUCUUCGGGAAGAGCUUUCAGAUGAGGACACACUGAGAGGAGUUUCUUAUAGGAAGAUGGUAACAUUUGAUGUUAGUGAUUUUGAAGAUAGCAGCAGUGCAAGCCCUGAGAGCUCUCCUCUGCCCCAUGGGGAUCCAGUGUUAAACAUGCCUUUCCUCCAGCUCAACAAGAUCCAGUACCUGAGCAGCUCUUUACAGAGAAUCACCAAUGAGCUCAAUGGGGUCCUGAGUGUCUUGGGCACCCUCAACAUCCAGCCGUCACCUAUCUUAACUUCAACACAAGUCCAGAUGCCUCCCAUGCCCUCCAAGACCACUCCCAUCUCCACUCACCCUUCCAUGACCAGAGUUUCAGCACCUACCCCUUUGGCUCCCUCCACUGGUAUCCCUCUUCCCACUCAGUGGGCCUGGGACCCUGGAGUAAGCUCUGGGCUCACCUCUUCAGUUGCUCAGUCAGUGGACAACUUUCUUGUGGAGAAGUGGCAUAAAUAUUUCCCAGCUGGAGUCCCAUUACUUAGUGGCACCCCAGCUCCUCUGGACAAUAGGUUGGGCUAUGUAUCUGCCAGUGAGCAGCUCCGCCUGUUGCAUCGCUCCCACUCCCAGAUCUCUCAGAGCAGUGGUGCCAACUUUCAAGGCAUGAUCGAGGCCAAUAGGAAGUGGCUAGACCAUAUGAAGAAGGACCCCAGGGUACCCCUCUUCUCCACCACACCCAAACCUUUGAUUACCUCAGGCCUGCUGCAGCUGGACCUGGAUGAAAACAACAAGCUGAAGGCGUAUCGCUAUUAAGGCCUCUGGGGCAGUAGGGCAUAGGGCUCUCCCGGCGUCCCUUUUCUUAGACCAAGUGCCUGAGGAGCUUCCUGCACUUUAUUGUCCCUGAUCUAUCAUUCCUCUGCUAUGCAAGCCUUACCCUCUCAGGACUUUGGAGGAAGGCAUAGGAGUGAUGAUGGGGUAGAGGACAGUGGGAGGAAUGUAGCAAGCCGCACCCUCUGAGAACCCCAUAAUGUAUCCUAAACGGAAAAAUUUUGAGCUUCCAUGGCCCAUUAGGGUCUGCAUUAUUAUGCCAGAGCAGAUGAGAUGGGGCUGACAGCCCCACUGGAGGAGGGGAUGGUGGAGCUGGGGACCUGAUAUCAGAAAGCCAAGAGAACCCCUUCAGGGAGUGGUCUAAGCCCUACCAGUGAGCUGAUUCUCUUCCUCAGGUCUCUAGGGUAUUUUGGAGAGGUCCAGAGUAGCCAGUUUUGUAACUGGCGAGAUUUGUAGAUCAGGGUGUGGAUGAAUCCCCUUUCCAAAGCAUGUUCGCCCCAGGACUUGGUGCUUCUUGGGGACUAGCUCUGUUCUGAAUCUGUUUCCUUUGAGCUAAUACCUCAGCAGUAGGGUACCACGCCCUCUGUUUUUUUUUAGUGAUUCCUUUUUAGCCCAAUGACUUGGGCUGUCUCAGGUUUGUGGUCAGCUUUACAGAGCCUUUCCCUGAGGCUGAUUGAUGUGGGGUUCCAAGAAAUGAGGCAACUAUGAGUCUUCCCCCAUCUUUGCUAUGCUUACCCCAUGUGACUGAGAGAAUCACUUUCCACCUUUAUCUCUGAGUUCUCACCAACAGAAUGGCCCUAUCCUUGGGCUUGGGGAAAGGAAGACUUUGGGAAUCAGACUCCAUGGGAAGAUGAAACCAGGGUAGACCUCUCUAGGGAUCCCAUUCUAUGACCCUCAGGCAUUAAGGUUAUGGCUUCCCCCAAAUAGACAGAAAGCCAUUAGAAAAGUGGAUGGGGUUGUCCUCAGCCUCAUUCCAGUCAUCUUUUCAUUUCUCAGGUCACCUUGAGUAUUUGUAGCCCUUGCUUUCCUCCUACCUUUUCUCACCAAGCUUGUUUGGAUAAACACAUUUGCAUUUCAGCCAACAUCCUUUUUUCCUCUUCCUGCCCCUCCCCUCUAAUCUUUGAGUUUUGCUGUAGACUAUGAGGUAUCUUGUACCCCCUUGAAGUCUCUGCAUGAAGGGGUGGGGCAGGAGAGGAGAGGAUGAGCAAUCUGAGAGGGGGUCUGGAGCCAUCUUGGCACUGGGGACAGGGUUCCCUGCAGGUCCCCUUCAAUCAGCCUUCAGACAAAUGGUCUCCUUGAUGGGGUUUGGUGGCGACUUUGUUCGAGUUUGGCUCACUGUUUGGAGGAAGUCUAAGGCUGUGGAGUUGUGUUUAGCACUCCUCAGCAUGGAAACCAGCCUCUCAUCAUCUUUGUCAUGGAGCAGAAACCUGGGGAUUAGGUUGCUUUUUAACCUCUCCCCCCACCCCCCAGGCACUGCACUGAGGCACAAGCCCUUCCUCUCAGAGGAGACCCUUUUGUUACUUGACUGAUGCUGUGUGGUUUAGGAAUGACUCGUGUGUGCUUAACAACUGUGGUGACAAUCCAGCUCGUCUUGCCCCGUGUUUUCUAUAUCAAUUAAACCUCCAUGGGUCAUUUUUCUACAA